CCGUAUUUUGACUCUGCUUCAACUACAUCCAGAAUCAUUUUUCAAAUUGAUCUGGCAUAGUUGAAAAAUCUAACACAACGUUGACCUUGAAUGCUUUUUAAAGUGCAUUCUGGGUUUUGCAUACUCUUUGCAUUCGUCCGUUAGCAAAGAAGCAUUUACAAUGAUAUACCAUUCCCAGUCGAGUACAAAAAGCACGUCAAAAUAUUGUCUAAAGAAAACGACGAUAAUGUUUCUGCUUUCAAAUUCCCUUGACUCUGGUGUUGGGUCUUGAGCUUACAGUGCAGGAAGUUGCGUUCGUUAUUGUUGUCAAUUUUAUCAACAAAACCUACAAUCACUGCCAAAAGUCUUGGAACACUAACGUAGGUUUUCAAAGGCAAAUUCAGCCACCCCCCUUUCCCCCUCGGAACAAUGCUGAUUUACUAUAGAAAAAUGAAAGGGGUUACGGAGCAUGUUUUUUCUUGUAGUUUGUUUGAUACUUCUCUUUACUUUUGCCUUGAAGCUUUAAAUUUAGCCAUUCUAGAAAUGUGAACUAGUACUUACAACAUGUUUAAAGUUAGAAAGUCUUGAAUCUUAAAUCUAAAAGAAUCUAAAAAUAAGUGUUUUGUUGUGAUACGAAUCGAUUUAUUCCCUUGCAACUAAGCGCUUUCUACUAGCUAUUGGAUAAUUCUUAGCAGACGAAAGCAAACAGAACCAGCUGAGUUCCAGCAAGAAUAGACAAACUAACCAGUCUGGCCUCAAUACCCUGAUUCCAAACAGCAUAUCAAUUAUUGCCAUCAAGCCAACCAAAUUCACUUUGAUAAGAGCUCAACCUUUUUCUUUUACCCUGUGCAUAGUAAAUUUUUUAUAAAAACUGAAUUACAAACUCCAUUGUGAAACAAACAAUAACAAGAAGAAUUUCAUGAAAACGCAAGAAAACCAACAAUAAAAACGCAGGAACAAGAAGACACUGAAAAAGCUUCGGAGUCCAAAGCAAGUACAACCUCGUGAAGUGAUGAUCAUAAUCAGAAAGGUAUUACUAUUCAGCCAACAAUACAAAAGAUUCCCCAACAAAGCAAGUUGUAAAGGAUUAAAAGUGAGGAAGCGCCACCCAAGUACACCCUGUUGAAGCUGAAGCACACCAUAACAGAUGAAAAUUGUCCCAUCAUGCAAAAUUAGUAGGUAAAUUAAAGGGUCAGCUGGUUUUCCUCGGACAAGGAACUGAAAGGUUUCGAUGCAUAGUUUGCCCACUACCUAAUUCAUAAUAGAUAGCCACCUGCAAAGAUAACAUCAAUUUCAAACGAAGUCAUCGAUAUAUUUUGGCUUUGGAUUAGCUAAGUUGCUCAAGUCAUGGCGUGUGUGAAUAGCGUGGAGCCCUUGACAGAACCAACCCGAAUCAUACUAAGUUUCUUCAACACAGCCAUUGCACUUCUGGCCACAUUGGGUAAUGUGUCUGUCUGUUAUGUGUUCCUGAGCAAUCGGAGUCUGCGAACAAGAUCGAAUUGCUACUUGAUUUCAAUGGCGAUCACCGACUUACUAGUUGGCACGGUAUUAGAACCAUUGUUUAUUGCUCAAUUUGCUUCUAAGGAUCUGGCUCAAAACUGCAACUUGAAUGCGACAAGACGAUUCACAACAGCAGUGCUGACAGGAGCGACAAUGGGCACGAUUGCGUUGAUCAGCUAUGAUCGCUUUGUCCAUUUGUCAAAAACAGUGCAUUACAACAACUACAUGGGGAAAACUAAGGUUGCAGUUCUCAUUGGUAUAACGUGGGUUCUUCCGAUCGUCAGCACUUUUUUGAGAUACAUCGGAGACAAAGAAAUAGUAUACAGUGCAAGUAUUUUUGUGUAUGCACUAAUCAUGGUGGCAGUUACCGUUGUUUCUUAUAUCAGCAUCUUCAAAAUAGUCAGAAAGACGAGAAAUCAGAUCCGCAAAGAAGUGUCAAGUGAUGUCACCGAGCAGCGACAAACGGGGCGACUUCAACGAAAAUCAAAUACCGAUGGAAAAGUAUUGAAAAUGGUGUCGAUCGUUGUUGCUUGCUUUUUCAUCUUUAUUUUCCCAAUAUCCAUUUUCCAUUUCAUAGCUGCGUCAUCAAAAUUGCUGGCAAAAAAAGACGUCGCAUCAAACCAAGAUCAGCCAGACAACCAGAUGGUUCUGCUCUAUUCUAUUGCAAUGACAAUUUCAAUGGCGAAUUCAAUCGUCAAUCCAUGUAUAUACUACUUUCGUCUGCCUGAGUUUCGACGUGCAGCCAGAAGAACAUUGGAUAGCAGAUUAGUUGACAGUAGACAUUGAGCUGUGGUAAAAUGUAAAAGUCUGGGUAGAGUUCAAAUGUAGCGGUAGACUGAAAUUAAACGUUUCGCUCAAAAUCUCUCCCUUCAACAAUGCCUUUCUAUAUGAUUACCAGACCAGAGAAUGACUGUUGUCAAAUUGAUUCCUGUCAUGUAGUUAAGUGGGUAACUAAGGAAAAAACCUAACUUUUGGGGUAAUGGGCGUGCGGUGUCGGCUAAAUUUCCUGACACUUGAGUAACAGCGUUCUAAGGACUUUUGAAUGCUUUUGUAUACUGAAUGGUGACAGCCUAACACAAAUUUGGUGAUAAGCCGCAAACAGUCCUUCAACUAGGAGCCUAGCUAGGGAGGGUAUUUAAGGGGUGUGACACCCCCAAUUAUUCACGAGGUUGUCGGUAAAUCUUCAGCUGGUCCAUAAAAUCUUUUGUUGGUCGGUGAAAUCGCCUAUCUUUAGGUGAAAAAGCACAUAAUUUAUUAAGCUAUGUCUCUAUAGGUAAAUUCUAAUUUUGAUGACCCCUUAGUUUGGAAAGCCAAGCUACGCCUCUGCCUUCAAUCACGUACACGUGUUUGUAAGCAGUACUCAUUGGGUUGAACACUGUCUACCUAUAACCUCAAUUUCAACUAAACAAAACCUCCACAAAUUCCAUGCUCAAAUAACCAUCUGGUCAGCUCUGCGCAUACAUAAGUAAGCUGCAAACACCUGGCACGCUAAUAUUUGUGUAAAAAGCAAACUACUUUCAGGUAUUUCGGUUUUUACCUGAUCGGACAUAUUGUAAACCUUUGAGGGCUUGUUAAUAUGAGCAAAUUUAUCCCAUCUCUAAGCCCAUAAUCUGGCAGGUGGGAUGAAAUCAUCGAAUGUUUAUAUGCAGAUUCUAUCCCACCUUCCAGCUGUAAAUGGAGAAAAUCAUCUCAUCUUCCAGCCUGAUUGCUGACAAAUGGGACAAAAUUUGAUGGCGUGUAUAUGAGUAUUUCAUCCCACCUUCCAGCUUAAUAGGAACCUUCAGUCAUUAAUAUGGAAAAAUUUCACCCCUUCCAAGUGGGAUCCCACCUAUCAUGCAGGGUGAUUCACCUAACCGGGCUGGCUCGUUUGCCAUGUAUAAACAAGCCCCAAAUCAUCAGCCAGUUGAUUUACUCGUAAAGAGCUUUGUGAUAGUAUGGCACUUUAUACAAAAAAACCCUUUCAAGCAGAUCUUUGGAAUUAAUAACCAGUACGACGACAAAGAAAAAGACACCAUGUAUUCGUCAACUUCUUGCUACAUCAUAGACAAUUCCAAUUAAGACAUUAAGACCAUUCCAUUAAGACAGUUCCAAUUUAGGCAAUUCAGUUACGACAAGUCCAUUACUUUAAAUCAAAUAACGUUUCGACUCUGGCUAGAGGCAUCUUCAGUAUAAUUACAGGCGAGAAAAAAUCAACUUAAAUACGAAAGAGCUAAACAAAGGGGAUGGAAUACAAUCAUAGAAGGAAAAGGAAGACAAGAAUGAAUACAAUAAUUAACGGGUAUACGAUGAAUCAUCGAUAGUGCGGACAGCAGCUGGACACUUUUAAAUGUCCGCCAGUGUCUGGAAGUUUCGGCCUUAUCUCCUUAGAAAGGAAGUAAAAUGAAAAAGGGAGCAUAGCAACAAGACAAAUAAAGAUAAAAGUUUCAUUAAAUAGAUAAGAGACAAGAAAUGCAGCAUUAGAUAAAAAGCAACUUUUCUGUUACAAAAAGCUUGAAGAAAUACGUCUUAUCAAGCCAGUCAACCUGCACUCUGUUUUAUAAGAACAAUUUUUAAGGAGUACGAGCCACAAAAUUGGUAAAAAAUACGAAAAAAUUGAGAACAAACUGAGGCUGAGGUAAUGUAACUUACUGAGG